UCUUGUCCCUCUCCCCCAGAGCAUCACCCGGCUCCCUAUCGCACCUCGUUGCGCCUUUAUUCUCUUCCCUUUACUUCACCAAAUCUCAAAAUGUCUUACGGCGGCUACGGCGGCGGCGGCGGCGGCGGUGGCUACGGCGGUGGUGGCGGUGGAGGAUACUCUGGUGGAGGCGGCUGGGGCGGAGGCGGAGGCGGCGGAGACGACCGCAUGGGUCACCUCGGCAACGGGCUGCGCUCUGUCGACUGGAGCGCACACAAGCUCUCGACCUUUGAGAAAAACUUCUACGUCGAAGACAAGCGCGUGACCGCACGGAGCGACCGCGAGAUCGAAGAGUUCCGGAAGGUCAAGGAGAUGAAGGUGCAGGGGCGCGCCGUCCCGAGGCCCGUCUCCAACUUCGACGAAGUCGGCUUCCCCGAGUACAUCAUGUCGACCAUCCGCGCGCAGGGCUUCACUGCGCCCACUCCCAUUCAGUGCCAGGCGUGGCCCAUGGCGCUCACCGGUAGGGACGUCGUCGCUAUCUCCCAGACUGGCAGUGGCAAGACCAUUUCCUUUGCACUUCCUGCCAUGUUGCACAUCAAUGCGCAACCGCUUUUGGCACCUGGCGAUGGUCCCAUCGCGUUGAUUCUUGCACCGACCCGUGAGCUCGCAGUGCAGAUUCAACAAGAAUGUGGCAAGUUCGGCUCCAACUCUAAAAUCCGCAACACUGCGAUCUACGGCGGUGCGCCCAAGGGCCCGCAAAUCCGCGACCUGCAGCGCGGUGUCGAGAUCGUGAUCGCGACGCCCGGUCGCCUGAUUGACAUGCUUGAGUCUCAGAAGACGAACCUCCGGCGUAUCACCUACCUCGUCAUGGAUGAGGCCGACCGCAUGCUUGACAUGGGUUUCGAACCUCAGAUCAGGAAGAUCGUUGCCCAGAUUCGCCCGGACAGACAGACGCUGAUGUUUUCUGCUACCUGGCCAAAGGAUGUCCAGAAGCUGGCAAACGACUUCUUGAAAGACUUCAUUCAGGUCAACAUUGGCUCCACGGAGCUCACUGCCAACCACAACAUCCAGCAGAUCGUUGAGGUCUGCAGCGAUUUUGAGAAGCGAUCGAAGCUCAUCAAGCACCUCGACCAAAUCAGUCAGGAGAACGCGAAAGUACUCAUCUUCGUCGGCACAAAGCGAGUGGCGGACGACAUCACCAAGUAUCUCCGUCAAGAUGGAUGGCCAGCGUUGGCCAUCCACGGUGACAAGGAACAACGUGAGCGUGACUGGGUAUUGGGCGAGUUCAAGGCAGGCCGCUCGCCUAUCCUCAUUGCGACUGACGUUGCGUCGCGUGGUCUCGGUAUGUUUUCAUUUGAGUGGCAAGCGCUACGACAUCUUUGCAGCAUGACUUCGGAUGCACGGCGGAGUGGCCGUCGUGCUUGAACGCUGAACUGCGGGUGGCAGUGACGGCGUACUCAGGUCAUUCGUUGGCGGAGCAAGACAGGCCAAGAUGUUCAACACGCGCACCCAGAACCGGCGAACUUCCUGAUCGUUGCCAGAU